AUGUCAUUGAAAUCCCCUGCUGAAGCGCAUGUCGAUCCAGCGACGCAAAUAAUUCAGAAAGAACCGAAGCGCAAAUGGGUCAGCUACAUUUGGGACACAUUUGACAAGUCACCAGAGGAGCGUCGCUUGCUUUUCAAAUUGGAUUCGGCCAUUUUAACCUUUGCAUCGUUGGGGUAUUUUAUCAAGUAUCUGGAUCAGAUCAAUAUCAACAAUGCAUUUGUCUCUGGAAUGAAGGAAGAUCUGGGCAUGUACGGCAAUGAACUCAACUACAUGCAGACAUGCUGGAAUAUUGGAUAUGUCAUUGGAGAAAUCCCCAGCAACAUUCUCCUGACUCGCGUCAAACCGCGAUAUUGGAUUCCGGCCAUGGAGGUACGACGUUUGGUUCCCUUGCACAAGAGCUCUCUGCUUACACCGUAA